CCUUGUCUGGCAUUUGUCUUUAGCUGUAUGGCUCCGUGGGAAGAAACCUCAGCCUUAAUGCAGAACAAACAGAUGGACCGACUCUGGUCACCCAGCGGGCCGGGGGGUACGGGUGCACAUGUACUACAGUAACUCAGAUCAUGGUGAACAAACGCUCUGGUUCAGUUCCCGAAAGGUUUCUGCUGAGGAGAUCUGCAUCGCUGCAGCUAUUAAGUGUGGGAUUCUCCCAGUUUAUCACAAUCUCUUCUCCUUGGCCUCGGAGGACUUCACUUUCUGGUUUCACCCAAAUUACAUCUUCAACACAGAGGAGACGGAGGACCUGUUGGUUCACUACCGGGUCAGGUUUUUCUUCCAGAACUGGUAUGGCAAGGAUAACAGACGCUCCCAUCGAUACAGUCUCUCUAAGAGCCGCCUCGGUGCCGUCCUGGACUGCAAUGUCAUUAACUACCUGUUUGCUCAGUCCCGGAGUGACUUUAUCCAUGGACAUCCAGAAGUCUGCCCCAGCCUGAAAAUGCAUGAUGAGUGUUUGGGAAUGGCCAUCCUGGAUAUGCUGAGGAUUGCCAAGGAGAGCAAACAGAAUCUUCAGGAUGUCUGCAGGGAAAUCAGUUACAAGUCCUGCUUGCCUGAGAGCCACCGACAUGAGAUCCAGAAGCAACACGCCUUGGCCCGCUAUCGUAUUCGCAAAACUCUCAAGCGAUAUUUGCGCCAGCUGAGCAACUGCCAGGCCGAUGAGCUCAGCCUCAAGCUCAAGUACCUCCUCGAUCUGGAGACCGUGACUCCUUCAUUUGGCACGGAGCAGUUUCAAGUCUGGAAUCCUAACAGCAUCCAUCAGGGUGACAACGUGGCCUUGCAGCUCAUCCAGGUCUCAGGGGAGAGCGGCAUACAGUAUCGAUCUACGGAUGCCAGUGAGUGGCAGACCUUCUGUGACUUCCAGGAAAUAAUCGACAUUAGCAUCAAGCAAGCCGGCCGGGACAGGCUAACUCUGGAAAGCCGGGUUGUCACGGUGACCCGACAGGAUAGUAGGUUUCUGGAGGCUGAGUUCCAGACCCUGAAGGAAGCCUUAUCCUUUGUCUCACUCAUCGAUGGCUACUUCAGACUGAUCAUGGACUCUCUUCACUACUUCUGCGAGGAGGUCGCUCCACCAACCAUCCUGGAAGACCUAGAGAACUGCUGCCACGGACCAAUCACGUCAGAGUUUGCUAUUAACAAACUGAAGCGGGCCGGUGCCAAAGCGGGAAUGUUCCUGAUCCGACGCAGCCCCAAGGAAUUCAACGAUUACUUCAUCACCAUUUGUGUGAAGACACCCCAUGGAAUUGAAUACAAGGACUGCCUGCUACGGAAGGAUUGCAGCUUUCAUCUCUUUGGUGUCACACGUAACUUCAACAACCUCAAAGAGCUCAUACUGUACUACCAGAACAACGGGCUGACCAUAGCAGGGCUGCCCGUGGAUCUCAAAACGUGGUGUUCCCCACAGCCAAAAGAGCUCACCAACCUGAUCGUUGUCAGAAGUAACUGCUCCCUGGAAGCACCGGCGUCACCCUCACUCCCCUGUCGACAGCCCAUUAACGUGCAGUUCCAGAUGGUCAAGAAGGAGGAUCUCAGAUGGGGUGAGAAUCUGGGUCAGGGCUCAUUCACCAAAAUCUUCCAAGGAUGCAAGAUGGACAACAGAGACGGCGAAGUGCACGAGACGGAGGUUCUUCUGAAAGUGCUGGAUACCCCCCACAAAUCCUGCUGGGAGUCAUUUUUCGAAGCUGCCAGUGUGAUGAGUCAACUUUCCCAUAAGCAUCUCAUUCUUGUCUAUGGAAUUUGCAUUCAUGGAUCAGAAAAUGUCAUGGUGCAGGAAUACGUCAAGUAUGGUGCUCUGGAUCUGUUUCUAAAGAGGAAUCGCAGCACAGUGCAGGUCCGCUGGAAAUUGGAUGUGGCCCGCCAGCUUGCUUGUGCCCUGAACUACCUGGAGGAUAAGAAAAUCGUUCACGGAAACAUCCGGGCAAAGAAUCUGCUCCUGUCCAGGGAAGGAGACGCGACGACAGGAAGCCCCCCAUUUAUCAAGCUGAGCGACCCGGGGAUCAGUGUGGGAGUGCUGACCAGGGAAGUGGUUUGGGACCGUAUCCCAUGGGUGGCUCCUGAACUGGUUGAGUGCCCAGCGCUGCCAGUGCUGGAGUCAGACAAAUGGAGCUUUGGCGCCACGCUGUGGGAGAUCUUCAACAGCGGUGAGGUGCCUCUGCUCGGCCGUGACCUCGAGUCGAAGCAGCGUUUCUAUAAGGACCAAAUGCAGCUACCUGCCCCACGAUGGACAGAGCUGGCCAACCUUAUCACCCGAUGCAUGCAGUACCAGCCUUCUCUGAGACCAUCUUUCCGUGCCAUCAUCCGGCAGCUGAACAACCUGUUCACAUCAGAUUAUGAACUGCUUUUGGAGCAGCAGUACUGCCCCCAGCAGGAAGAUACUUACUGGAGAUACGUCAAUCUAUCUGAUUCCCGGGACCCCCUGCUCUAUGAGGAGAGGCACUUCCGCUAUAUUUACCUGUUGGGCAAGGGGAAUUUUGGCAGCGUGGAGCUGUGCCGCUAUGACCCCCUGGGAGACAAUACCGGAGAACUGGUGGCUGUCAAAAGGCUACAGCAAAGCAAAAAUGAACACCUGGGUCAGUUUGAGAAAGAGAUUGGCAUCAUGAGGUCGCUGCACAAUGAACAUAUCGUCAAGUACAAGGGGGUCUGCUACAGUAUGGGUCGUCAGAACGUCAAGUUGGUAAUGGAAUAUUUACCAUACGGCAGUCUGCCUGGAUACCUGGACAAGAACAAGGAAUGGGUCAACAGCAAACGCCUUCUUUUAUACGCCUUACAGAUCUGCAAGGGAAUGGAAUACCUACAGACAAUGCGCUAUGUGCAUCGAGACCUGGCGGCACGGAAUGUCCUUGUUGCCAGCGAUACGCUAGUGAAGAUUGCCGAUUUUGGCCUUACAAAAGUCCUUCCCAUUGACAAAGACUACUACCGAGUUCAGCACCCCGGAGAGAGUCCUAUCUUCUGGUACUCACCAGAGUCCAUAGCUGAGUGCAGAUUCUCCCCCAAAUCUGAUGUGUGGAGUUUCGGUAUCGUUCUGCAUGAACUUUUCUCCUUCUGUGAAAGGAGACGCAGCCCAAAACAGUUGUAUCUCCAGCAAAUUGGAAGUGACCGAGUGGGUUUCAUCAUCUCUGUGCAUCUCCUGCAGCUUUUCGAGAGUAACUGGCGCCUACCGGCACCGUCUCUCCACCUUCCGGAGGUGUACAGCUUGAUGAGGAGAUGCUGGUCACAGAAGCCAGAAGACAGACCAAGCUUCGCACAGCUCCACCAGGAGAUCAUGCUUCUCCGAGAUGAGAGGGAGACCUCCAAAGGCUAAAGGCGAAGGCCCACUUCUUCCAUAGUACAGCAUCUCUGAGAACAUUUGGCAAUUUUGUGUUGCUGGUCCACCUGAACAGUUCAUCGCCUACAGAGUCACUCAGAAGUGGUCGUUAUUAUGACACAUUCGGGUGAUUCCUUCAUCCAAUGUGUCUUACCAGAUCAGGAUAUGUUACAAGUGUUAGGAUGGGACAGUGGCAGGUUAAGUGAGUGGCUUGGGGUCCCAGGUGGGAACUGAGCCAAUAGCCUUGUGAUUUAAUUCCAGUGCUUUUGCCACUAUGCUAUACCAUCCACCAUUACAGAGUGGGCAUGAAGACAAAUAAAACCUUGUGUUCUUCUUAUCCUUCUGGAGGUUACCUGGUGAAGUGUAAAAGAUCCCUGAAAAUGGACAUCAUGAUGACUUUCCUUACUCUGGCUUAUUUGAGUCAGAGAGUAAAGCUUUCAUGUGAAUAUGCAAAUGGACAGCCUUUGUAACAGACUGCAUGCUCUACAUAACUUAUUUCAUUUUUCAGUGUUGCAUACAAUUUCAUUUUUAUUCUCUUUUUACUUUCUCAUAUACAAAGUUUAGUGAAAGUAUUGUAAUCGUCCAAAAAUUCGAUGUCAAAAUUUAUAUGAAUCUCAAUGUUUUAGACCUCUCUGACUUUCUCGUAUACAAAAUAUAGCGAAAGUAUUGUAAUUGUCCAAAAAUUCAAUGUUGAGAUUUUCAUGAAUUCUCAACAUUUUAGACCUACCCGACUUUCUUGUAUAGGGAAAGUAUUGUAAUUGUCCAAAAAUUUGAUGUUGAGAUUUUGAUAAAUCUUAACGUUUUAGAUCUUCCUGACUUUCUCGUAUACAAAGUAUGAAGAAAGUAUUGUAAUUUUCCAAUAAUUCGAUGUCGAGAUUUUGAUGAAUCUCAACAUUUUAGACCUCCCUAACUUUCUCGUAUAUGCAGUAUAGGGAAAGUAAUAUAAUCGUCAAAAAAUUUGAUGUCAAGAUUUUGAUGAAUCUCAACGUUUUAGUCCUUCCUGACUUUCUCAUAUACAAAAUAUAAAGAAAGUAUUGUAAUUUUACAAAAAUUCGAUGUCGAGAUUUUAAUGAAUCUCAACAUUUUAGACCUCCCUGACUUUCUCAUAUACGAGGUAUAGGGAAAGUAUUGCAAUCAUCCAAAAAUUCAAUGUCGAGAUUUUGAUGAAUCUCGAUGUUUCAGACCUCUCUGACUUUCUCAUAUAUGAAGUAUUAGGAAAGUAUUGCAAUUGUCCAAAAAUUCAAUCUCGAGCUUUUGAUGAAUCACGACAUUUUAGACCUCCCUGAGUCCGAAAAUACCAUUUUUGGAAUUAUGUCUGUGUGUGUAUAUGUAAACACGAUAACCUAAGUACACUUUCAUUUAGGUCAACCAAAUUUUUCAUACAAGUAUUAGGUACAAAACGUAGAUUUCUAUCAACUUUUGCCCUAUUUCCUCUAACCAGAAGUGGUACUUUACCUUUUAUUCAUGCAGCUGCUGAGUCCAAUUUAUUCAACUUUACUUUUAUACUUUUAUAAUAAUUGUUCAAUAUAUUAUUAAUUUGAUCUGAUUUGUUACAGUGUGCUGUGUAAGGUUUUACGUCUAAAUAUUAUUAAAUUAUGUAUCUCCACCCACAUGGCUCUGUGCUAUAAUUGGGCUCAGGGUGCAGUAAUGGCUCAUGUGAAUGUCAAGACUAGUGCUGAUGUGAAGGGUAAGGAAAGUCACUUUAAAAUGCAUGACAGAUAAUAUUAUCUUUCCCAAGAAAUGUAAUGAUUUACUUCAUGGCAUCAAAUGUGUUUGAAAUAUUAAAAUGUGUGCUUCAAUUGAAAUGUUUAUGGCUAAAUAUUCACAACUAUAACAGGAAAAAAUAA